AUGGUGACUAGUGAUGAUCAGAAGGUCAGGUUGGCUACCCACAUGCUUGCUGAGGAAGCUGAGUUUUGGUGGACUAAUGCUAAGGGGAGACUUGAGGUCGGUGGAGAGGUUGUGACUUGGGCUAGGUUCAAGACCGAGUUUUUGAUGAAAUACUUUCCUGAGGAUUUGAGGACUAGAAAGGAAGUGGAGUUCUUGAACUUGAAUGAUUGCAAAAAGGACGAUAGUUGUUUCAAGUGUGGGAAGGCGGGUCACACGGCUUUUGAGUGUAAGAAUGUUGCGAAGGAUGUUACUUGUUACAAUUGUGGUGAAGCAGGUCAUUACAGUAAUAAGUGUACCAAGCUGAAGAAGGCGGCGGGAAAAGUGUUUGCAUUGAAUGCAGAGGAAGUGGAGCAGUCGGAUAAUCUUAUCCGAGCAUUAACUGUUUAA